CCCUUCCACACCAUUCCAUCUCCCAUUAGAUACUAGCUCCCUUCUCUCUCUUCAUCUCCAUUUUUCCUCCAAAAGGAAUUAAGCUACAGAGCAAGGAAGCAGGGUCGUACGUCUUCUCCCUCAGCGCCUCGGCCUCACUUCCUUCCUCUCCAAUCAUGGUUUUUCCUGUCCAUCUCCUCCUCCUCCUCUUCCUCUCCGUCCCUCUCUCUGAAUCCAAGCUCACCGUGGACUACUACAAGACCUCAUGCCCAAGCUUCGAGCAGAUCAUGAGGGAAGCUGUCACAACCAAGCAAAUAAACUCUCCCACAACCGCAGCAGCCACACUCCGCACCUUCUUCCACGACUGCAUGGUCGAAGGUUGCGACGCUUCGGUUCUAAUUUCCUCCAAUUCUUUCGACAAAGCUGAGCGUGAUGCAGACAUCAACCUCUCCCUCCCUGGAGACGCAUUCGACGUGGUGCUCCGUGCCAAGACUUCUCUAGAACUCUCCUGCCCUGGGAUCGUCUCUUGCGCUGACAUUCUGGCACGCGCCACACGUGACCUCAUCACAAUGGUCGGCGGUCCCUACUACCCCGUUCGCUUGGGACGUAAGGACGGGUUCGUGUCACAAGCCUCGCGUGUCGAAGGUAACCUCCCUAGAGUCAACAUGACAUUGACACAAAUAAUCUCUUUAUUCAAAUCCAAGGGAUUCUCAAUCCAAGAAAUGGUCGCGUUAACCGGCGGACACACGAUAGGAUUCUCUCACUGCAAUGAAUUCGCGGACAGGCUAUUUCGUUACAGCACAACUACACCAACUGACCCUAACAUUCACCCCAAAUUCGCAGCGGCAUUGAAGAAUACUUGCGCAAAUUAUACCAAGGAUACAGCAAUGUCGGCGUUCAAUGACGUGAUGACGCCAGGCAAGUUCGAUAAUAUGUACUAUAAGAAUUUGCAGAGGGGGUUGGGGCUUUUGUCUAUGGAUAGUGCUCUGGUUAUGGACUCAAGGACUAAGCCGUUCGUAGAGCUUUAUGCGAGGGAUCAGGCCGCGUUUUUUGCUGAUUUUGCUCGUGCAAUGGAGAAGGUUAGUAUUGUUGGAGUCAAGACUGGGAAGAAAGGAGAGGUGAGGCGCAAGUGCGAUGCGUUUAACACUAUCAAGACUUGAGAGAGGGAUCGAGAGGUGUUUUGGGUUUUCGUGGCUGGGGAUUGUAAUAUAUUAUCUCUUUUAUGAAGAACACAGCAUCUCCAGUGACCAAAUGAGUAAUGACAUUUCUAAUUUCUGUACAAGACUUAAAAAAACCCCCCUAAAAUUACUGUUUGUGGAAGUCAAUGUCGAAAUGUUCAUAUAAAA